AUGCAGAUUACAGAUGGCCGCCAAGGAAAGUUAGAGGCACCUGUUAUAAUGAGCAGAGCAUUCCAGAUGACAGCUGAGGAGGCUUGUGUAUCACCUGAUGUGGUGACGGGAUCGUUCCUUGUUGUGGAUACAUUGUUAACUUCAGGUUGUGGAUACGGAUUGCUAAUUUCACGGAUUGCUAAUCUCAGAAAUGAAAAUAAUGAUGAAAAUACUAAUGAUGUUGAAACUAAUGAUUUUGUUGAUAAUUCUAAAGGUCCAAUUGAAACUUCUAAUGAACCUAUUGAAAAUUCUAAUGAUCAUGAAAAUAAUGAUUUUGUUGAUAAAUCUAGUGAUAUUAAUAUUUUUGAUCCAAGAGUAUGGGAUAAGUUAGAUUUAAAAAUGAAAGAUUUGCUUGUAGAAAAAUGGCCUAUUAGGGAAAUUGAAAAUAACAAAAUUUUUCCAAAAGAUGCACUAGGUAGACAUUUUUCUUGUGAAUUUUAUAUUCGUAAAUUAAAGAAUGCUAGAUCUAGAAGUAAUUUGGCAACCGAAGGAAUUAAUGAUUGGAAACAUCUUAGUGAAAAAUUAAAUGAACAUGAACAUAGUUCUGAACACAUGAUUAAUUUAAAAACUUGGACACAAACACGACUUAGGUUAAGGAAAAAUGAAACAAUUGAUAAAGAGUUACAAGAAAGAAUAAAAAAAGAUACUCAACAUUGGAAAGAAGUUUUGGUAAGAAUUAUUGCUGUUGUAAAAUGUUUAGCUGAAUAUAAUUUGGCUUUUCGUGGAACUAAUGAAAAAAUAUAUGAGAAAUCUAAUGGUAACUUUUUAGGUGUACUUCAAAUGAUUGCUGAGUUUGAACCAAUAAUGAAACACCAUUUUCAACUUAUUCAAGAUAAAAAAAAGUCACUUUCAUUACCUUAG